AUGUCACCGGAAAAUGUGUGUCCAAGAUUCAAACAGAAUGCUUGGAAAAAAGAACUGUGCUCCAACUGUUUUCGUCCGAAAGAGGAGCACCCUGAGAAGCCCAAACGGGUACUUAUUGACUACAAACCACUACCGGAAAUAUCUCCAGCCCAGAGUAUAUUGAAGGUAAACGGUUCGUGCGACAAAUCCCGGAAUGUGUCGUUUUCGAACGUCGAGAUGGAAGUCAUCGGAUAUGGCGGCGAAGAGUACUCGACCGACGAAGAAUAUUCAUCUGACGAGGAAAACGGUUCGGAAUUCGUUGACUCUGGUGACGACGAAGAGCUCAAAAGACUGACCGAAGCCAACACGAACCUAAACAGCAAACCCGAUUUCGUGCCCGAAAAGGUUGUCGUCGGUAGUAAUGUUGGAAAAACUGCGAACGUAGCGGUAACGGCGGCGACAAACAUCAAGUCACCCGUAAAAAAACCAAUGGUGCAAAACAAGUCACCGCCGAUGGUAACCGUUCAGCCGUUCUGCGGAGACCCACCCAAAUCGCUUGUGUUCAACUUCCUAAAGAACAAAGAGAUUGCCACAGCUGCUACUACUGCCACGGCCGCAGCAGUCACAUCAGCCUGCGAGGAGGCCCCAAAAAUCGAGAAAAAAGAUACUGAAAACAUUCAACUGAGAAAGACUGAAGCAAUGAAAAAACCGACUUUAUCUAGAAGCUCCCUGGUGGCCAAUUCAAACGAACCGUAUUUAAACAUAAGAAGGUGCAGUUUACCGGCGGAAGAGGAAGAGGUGAAACCGACGCCGCCACCACCGCCUCCACCAACGUUAACAUUGACGAAUACGGAAAUCCCAAGAGCGAAGCUCAGCCACCCGCCAGAAACGAUAGCACCCGUUGAAAUAUCUAGGGGUGCAGAGGAAACCACCGAAGUCAUCUCGUCGACGAGAGAGUCAGACGCCGACAUGACAGGUGGUAGUGCGGCGCCGUACAAGACUAGAAGUAAUGUACCACGGAUGGGCACGAUGCACUUUAAACUGAAGUUGGCUGUGGCUUCAUCCCAGAAACCGGAACCGUUGAAAUUGAUUGGUAGUGGCGCUUCUGUCGAUCCGUCGCCAGAUUCGUCGUUGUUGACCAGCAGAGAAAUGGCCGGCGAGCCCGACGGGAAAGCGGACUCCGACGAGCCCGGCGAUCCGACGUCAACCCCGGUGAACCGAUCGUUCCUGCACAACUUCAAAGACAAUUCGUCGCCCUUGCGUGACACCUCUACCACACCUCCCAGGACGCCCAACAAAAAGACUUCGAUAACCAGCAACAGCCCUCCCGAAUGUCCUAGGAGUAUCAAACGCCAAGCCCCGAAACCGCCUCCUCCGCCGCCGUCGUUGACAUCGACCAAAUGCACCGAUCUCGUUUACCACAGCGCCAACAGUUCAUUUUCCGACGACGAGUUCAGACCCGAUGACGUGACCAUCACUAACCGCAAGCUGUUGGCCGAAUACUGCGAACAGAUUGAAAAGGAACAGUCUCAACACUGUGGAAACUGGGAACGACCAUCUGCUGCGGCCGCCACUGUCACCAGCAGUGGCGACCAGGGGCGUGAAUCGUCCACACUCCCGUUACCCGGAAAACGGCCGGCGUGCGAGAAGAAAAAGUACGGCAAGGCCACCAAGGUGGGUCUCAAGAUUAAGAAAUUCCUGAGGAUACCCAGUCGGGAAUCGACGGUCUCUACACCGCAGCUACCGACUACCAGGCCCAAGUUGGAAAUCAUUCAUCCGCUGGACAUCAACAAGUCGGGCGUGGAAAUCAUUCACAACUACGCUGUCGACGGACUGCUGUACGUAAAAGAUCCGUCCGCUAAAGCACCGUCCAACCAUCAUCCAGUACGACCUACAAAACCACCUCCGCCGCCGCGAAGUCUUCCACCCGUCGCAAAGCUGCCGUUAAAGUCGUCCGUCCCGUCCACGGAAAUCACAGAUUACCCCGAAGCACCGAAAACGUGCGAUUCCAGCGCGUCCGACGAAGCUUACGAACCGGUAAAUUUUUCGGCCCCAGAGUGUGACCACAGUUCGCCGGAAAUGGCGCGACUGACGUCCAUGCAGUAUUACGGUAGCGAGACCGAGUCGGAGAUAUAUCCGACCAUCCAGUUUGGCGACGACUUCGGAGCCGAAGACAGCAUUAGAAACACUCAGUCGGGGCACAAGAGUCUCGAAGAGAGUUACGACGCCGUCGUCAUCGCCAAUCACGAAGCCCUGACCAAACUCUUAGACCAGGCGACGAGCGGUCCGAAAGUGCCCAAAGAGUUGAUGGCGUUGAAGACGAAAAACUUGGAAUGGUCCAGUUUCCGAGUGGACCCGACCAGCCGGUUACAAAAAUCCGGUUGCGCGUUCUACAACGGCAAAUGGUACGAUGUGCCGGUGGUGUUGAGCAUUUCCAGUGAACCUGUAGAGCUGAACAACGUACUGAACAACCAUUUCACCAUGACCAAAGUGACGGAGUUCGUGACGCGCGUGGAAAAGGAAUACUGUCCGGGCGCCGAAAACGAAGAAGCUUACGUGACGCUAUGGAAUGCACAUCGAGUGGAAGCCGUGGAAUCGUAUUGCAAGGAAUACAACGCCAAGUAUGCGGACAUCACUAAGGAAGCUGGUCUCAUCCUAGUGGAAACUGUGAACCUGUUGAUCGGCCUGCAGGCGUCGGAAGUGGACCGGUACAGCCUGGAACCGUUCGUGGUGACCAGAAACUGUUUCGGUGCCGACCCGACCGUAGCCGUGGUUCAACUGGAAACCGAUUUACAGGAAGCGGAUGAUACGCUCUGCGAGAUCAUGCUCAAGGUGCUCAGACUGCUGGCGCCCACGUGGGAGAUGACGGUGUGUCUGUCACAGGUUUUGCGGCAGGGCCGGCCCAACUCUUUGUCCAAAUGCAAGGCGCUGCUCGAGUUCUGGCUGUGGGGUCCGACCGGAGUGACCGUGUCAUCCGACCGACCGCUGUCGCUGAAAAGAUGGUUGGACCUGGAACGCGCCAACGUCCUGCACGGCCACGUGUGUUCCCGUUCCGCCGACCUGUCCGUCAAGCAGAUGUGCUACAUGUCGUUUUUGGUGGCCAACGACGAUAAACUGUUCUCGGACGCAUGGACCGUGCUGGCCGAUCGCAAGAUGCGGCCGCCGCGCGAUCCGACGAUCUCUAAAUGUUAA